UAACAGUAAACUUGUGAGUUAAUAUUUUCUGCAGCCGACUGUAGGCCUACAUUAAUUUAAUGCAAUUAAGGUCCGCUCAAUAUUGAUGGGGAUAAUGUAUCAAAUAACUGUGAUAUGCAGCACAGACCAGACAGUGUAAAUGGGUGGAGCAAAUAUUUUGUGUGCCCGAAAUGAAUGAUGCUGAUGUUAUGUCAAGUGCAUAUGCGGCCUAUGCACAAAAUUUAUCUAGUCUAGGUAUCCAUGACAACCCGGGGCUGAUUGAGCAGCUUCAGUCAUUCCUAAAAACCAAUGGUUUACAUAGUUCAUCCCCUGCCGGGACCAGGAAACUCUCAUCUGAUAACUUACAGGGAAUGGACACAGCUACAGAAAGAGAUAGUGAUGUAAGACCUGCUUGUCGAUUUUGUGGUAAAACUUUCGCACAGGCCAGUUAUAUAAAAGCACACGAGAGGUUACAUACAGGAGAAAAACCAUACGUGUGUUCUGUAUGCAAUAAGGCAUUUAGUGAUGCUAGCAACUGGAAAAAGCACGAGCGCAUGCAUUCACGCCAGGUGCAAACUGCAUUUGAAGACGGUGUAGUUCCCGUAGUAACAAGUGCCCCACCAACACCUGAACCGUUAACCCCUAGCUCGCCGAGCAUCACCACAGGUCAGAACAGCAGUGCAAUGUCUCACAGCAGUCUUAACUCCCAGAUCUCGUCGUUUGCCGCCAGUUUGUCCCAAUUACCUGCUACGUCAAGUUCGCCAGUGACCAGUUUUCCGGGGUUGUUCCCGGAAGUCUCGCUACCGUUGCCAAUCACGUCUCAGUCUGCCCUGCAGCUUGCUCCGCACCUGUACACUAUUAAUUCGCAGAAUUCCCAGAAUUCAGAAGACGCAACAGAUUUAUCUCCACCCGCGAAACGAAAUAAAGAGGAGAACAGUCGUGGUAAAGAUGACACGCUGAGUUGUCACAUAUGUGGAAAGAUGUUCUCGACGCCAGCCAGCUUAUCCAUGCAUAAAAAAAUACAUUCUGGUGAAAGACCACAUAUCUGUCUAACUUGUGGAAAAUCAUUUACGCAGAUUGGCACCUUGAGAGCCCAUGAACGUGUACACACGGGUGAAAAACCUUACGAAUGCACAAUUUGUGGGAAAACAUUUGCCCAGUGUGGAAGUUUCCGAAUGCAUGAAAGGCGCCACCAUAGGGACAUGAUGGAAAACUUCCAAAAAUGUUUUGUAUGUGGAGCUAGCUUCCAUUCGCUGGAAGAAUUGCAGAAACAUAUGUUGUGCCAUCCAGGGGCUUUCAAUUUGAAUCUGCAAAAUUUACAUCCUGGGUCCCUCGGUUUUCCUGGACCAAUGCCACUUGGUUUUGGAUUUCCACCGGAUCUUGAAGGCAAAGGUGAUAUGAUAAAACCCGAGGUGUCAGAGAUGUCUGACAUAGAAAAGGCAUUUAGCUUAUUUGCUGGACAACCAAAGUCUGCGCCAGUUACGUCCCUUGCAGAGCACUUUCAGUUGCCACCCUUUGUUUCAACUGCGCAUGCUUUGAUCCAGCGUUCCCUGUCACAGGGUAGUGAUCCAAAUACUGCUGUCUCGAUGCUAUUAGCAUCCAACGGUGCUGAAAACUUGAACCUACUUGGUCAGCCUUUCAAUGCGGCCCAAGGCAUGCUGUCUCCGGCCCGUUUGCCAAUACUCCGCCCUGAACGAGCCCCGUCCAAUUCAAAUGACCAACUUAAAAUUGAGGAAGUGGAACCAGUAAGUACUACCACAAGAAGCCGAAAGUAUUCGUCCGACUCGCAUACGUCCAUGUCAAUGAAUGAUGGACCGUUAUCUCAGUCUGACGGAAAAGCUAAAAAUAGUGCUGAUGAGGACCAAGAUAAUGAUAACGAUGGGUCCAAUAAAUUCGACCAAUGUCAGAAAACCCCAUCUGAAGACUCGAGCUUUGCCGAGUCUAGAUCGACGGAGGAUUUUCAGUCUGAUGACCAACAGCAUACUGGAGUUAUAAGUCGUCGCAAUCUUAACAAGCGAAUGAUAUCAUCAUCAAAUCUGCGGAAACAGCGAAGACCGAUGCGCCGACUGAGCACAAGUGCGAUUGUGGACCAAAGCACGUACCAGCAGCUAUAUAACGAGGAAGGGGAAGAACUCUCGGAGGAUCAGUUAAUGGUCUCGUUCCUGCUGUCUAAAGGAGAAGUCUACAAGUGCGAACACUGUCAUAUCAUAUUCGAGGACUGUACUCUAUACCUUUUGCAUAACGGAUUUCAUUCGAGCGAUACCGAUCCUUUUAAAUGUGUCAUAUGUAAGAAAUGUUGCGAUGGGCGUGUUGAGUUCAACUGCCACCUAACGAGCCACAUAAAGUAAAACUUCGUACAACCAUUGCGGGAAAGAAGAUUCAGAUAAGACAGUGAACUGCAAUAUUAGAAUAACGACAAUAUUUCACAAAACAUGCAACAGUGCUUAUAGAUUGUGUACAUAAAAUUUAAAGCGCACUAAAAGAUUUUUAGGGAAAUUUGCAAUAUUUGGUGAAUGGCAUACAAGGAAAAUAAACACUAUGCUUAUAUUGCUUUGAUAAAAAGGGAGAUUUGUUAGAUAAGAACAAGCUUUUGGGGCUACGGUUAUAAAAUGCACUAUGAAUGAGGCUUUAUGAACAAAAAAUAGGUCAUAAAAGUUUGUUAGAAUUGUCCACAUGUGCUUUUAAAUAGGUUAGAGAAUAACUGCUGUUGGUGAUAGAAAAAAUGAACUUUUAUACAAUGGAAUGAUGAAUAGGAAAAAGUUUUUUGUGAGUGCAAAAAUGGAUGAAAGUGUGUAUAUUUAAAAUGUGCUGUUUGAUAUGGAAGUUGAUCAUCAAAGUGUUUUUUAAAGGAAAUUCUGGCAGGUUUUUUUUUAUCAGUUUACUGAAGAGAAAUUUCUUGAAGUCAAAUUUACAAAAGUUUUCUUUGGACAGUAUUUGUGCAGGAAAAAUUGAUGACCAGUGAAGUAAUAGAGAAAUCAAAUCAAAUUCUGAAAAGCUAGUCAAAAUAAUUAGUUUAAUAUUAUAUAAACACAGAUCUCGUGUUUUACAAUUUAAAGUCUAUAAAAGCACUAAAAAAAGUUAACAAGUAUAUACAAUGAAAUACCAAAGUG